AUGGAGUCAAAAAAUAUUCCAGAUGUUGUAAAACUCGAUGAAAAAUAUGAUACAGGAGGGUACACAACUCGAUUGGUCAAUUAUCAACCCAUUUCACAUACAGAACUCAAAGUCAAGUCUUAUCCAUUGGAUCAAAUCAAGGAACAGCGAGUUCAGGAGGCAUUAGUGGUAAGAGACCUGCUAAACGUUUUAAUGGGACUUGAAGGAGUUUAUAUACGCUACAACAAUAGUUAUGACCCCAACAGACGGUCGGCAGAAGAUCUCAGAGGCCCGGAUUACAAGAUAGCGAAGAACAUGGACUUAUCAUUAAAGAGCUUCGCAAAACGGAUAGUCAAACUUGGAAAGAUGUAUUCGGUUUUGACAGACUUUAGCGAGUGGUAUAAUCAGCCUGUUUAUGGAUCUAUUUUACACAAGCUCUGCCAGGAGAUACGUAGAUUCUUGACCGAUGUCUAUUUACGAUGGCUCGUCGAAGGAGUGGAGUACGAGUACAAAAACAAUGUUCAGUUUAGUAUACGUGAUAUUGAACAGGUAUUAAAUCAAGAGUGUAUUUAUAAGACCCAGCUACUCUACGAGCUUGUACAAGACAUAUGUCGGGAAAUGGCGAGGAGGGCGAUGAUGGAUAGAAACGCAGUGGAUUUUGAUAACUUCAUCCACGAUUUGAAAAUGGACGAGGAGCCCACAGAGUACGUCAAUGGCGCUGGUAGUAACGGCGUUCUACUGAUGGCUGAUUCGAGAGUAUGUCCAUACGCAAAAGGUGGUGUAGUUCUACAGAUUGUGCAAAAUCACCUCCGACAGAACUGGGGUAAUCAAAAUAAUGUCACGUUUCUGAGGCACAUAUUCCAAAGCAUAUCCAAUCAAUAUUGUACAAUGUUGCAAAAAUGGCUCCUGAAUGGUGACCUCGAGGAUCCAUACGAUGAGUUCAUGAUCACUGACACUGUUAAAAAAUUCAACGCAGAACCUAUGGUGAAUUCCCUUAAUAGCGAAAGACUUUGGGAUACCCAAUAUGUAAUCCGAAAAGAUGGGCUUAUGGAGCAAUUUCUUGACAAAAAGGUACAGUUCAAAAUUCUUAUGACUGGUAAAUUGCUCAACGUAAUAAAGGCCAGUUGCGACGUCCAGUCUCUCGCUAGUGUCCUUCCGCUGGACAUCAGACCACUCCAAGAGAUACCGAAAGGUACACAACUGGCUCUAUACCUCGAUGCACACUAUAAGCGUGCGAAUCAACUGACAUGGACUUUAUUAUAUGACGGGUAUAACCUUCCGCAUAUUUUGAGGGAACUUCAGCGUAACUUUCUGCUGUUCAAUAAUGCAAAUUUCUUCAAAAACUUCCUGACUAAGGGGAUUGUUGAACUAACCAAAAUGAGAACCGAUUCUGUUCAAAUAAAGUUACAACGAUUGUUUUCACAAUUUCAAAGAUGUGAUGAGCAAGGGGCGGAAAACAUAAUUUUACCGCUAAUGAAUCUACAAUUGGACAAAAAUAGUUUUUACAGUUUGAUAGAGCAAUUUUCUUCGGAAAAUACUACUACUUCAGACAAUUCAGAGCUACUUCAGGCACGCAACUUCGAUAACCUUAGGGACAUGUUAAUGCGCGACCUUGGUUUUGGUAGUGCUGAUGAACGCUCGAAUGAUGUACGCUACUCAAUCCAUCAUAUUCAGUUCGAAAUUCUAAUGCCUUUUCCAUUGAACGUGCUGAUAUCCAGACCGUACAUCGUUCAAUAUCAGCUAAUUCAGCGCUACUUACUACUUCUCCAUUACUACAACAGAAUUCUUGAAGACACCUGGUUUGAGCUGAACAAGAACAAGAUUUGGCGACACCCCGGCUUUGCACCAGAUGUAGCCCGUUGGAUUCGUCGCUGCCGCAUUGUGCACAACCACAUGUCCCAAUUCAUGAAAGUUAUUUUAGAAUUCACAACCCUUGAUGUGAUCCAUUCAGAGUCACGCAUACUCGAACAGUACAUUAACAAUACGAAUGCAUCAUCUUUUGAAUUUUCCACCUGCCAAAUGCACAUUCAAGACUUUCUCACCAACAUUAUGUCGCAUUCUCUUCUCACGAAUGGCUCGCUCGUUCGUCUGUUGCUCCAGACAAUGGAAAUCGUUCACAAGUACUGCAAAUUCGUCACUUCUUUACGGAAAACUCUCUGCUUGAUUGAUUUCCGUCUAUAUGAACACUAUCGUGAUCAACUGCCUCAAGAUCAUUUCUACGACGAGGCAACAAGCAUUACCAAAUUACAAGAGCUCCAUAACUAUCUUGAAGUUGUUGGAAAUAGUUUUCUACAGCACCGUGCCGCAUUUGCGGAGGGCGUAAGGUUCUACAGCGAACAUGGUUCGACACGUGUGGGCGGCAAUCUCAUUUCGACGUUGGCAGACAGACUAUCGUCCGAAAUGGUAGCUCUUACUUCCUAG